UUUGUACGGAAGCAGUUUGUGAUGCACAAGGCCUCGCUGAACUUCCUGUGUGCGGCGGAACACAGAUUUCCAAGCUGAGCUGACUGUUUUCAUGAUCGGAUCAGUUAGGUUUUCUGGUUAAAAUUUUCUGAGCAAUGGAAACUAUUCUGGAACAACAAAGGCGAUAUCAUGAAGAAAAAGAAAGAUUAAUGGAUGCCAAAACAAAAGAAAUGCUUCACAAAAAAACGACGCUGCGAGAUCAGAUAAACUCCGACCAUCUCACAAGGGCUAUGUUGGAUCGAUAUAUGGAUGUGUGUGCAAAUUUAAGAGAUAUGUAUGAAGACAAAGAUGGAAUGAGAAAGGAAGAAUUGAAUGCUAUUUCAGGGCCAAAUGAGUUUGCUGAAUUUUACAAUCGGCUGAAACAUAUAAAAGAAUUUCAUAGAAAACAUCCCAAUGAGAUUUGUGUUCCAAUGUCUGUGGAAUUUGAAGAACUUGUAAAGGCUAGAGAAAAUGUCAGUGAAGAAGCACAAAAUUUAGUAGAAUUUACAGAUGAAGAAGGUUACGGUCGUUACUUGGAUCUUCAUGAUUGUUACCUGAAAUUCAUUAACCUGAAAGGAGCAGAGAAACUUGAAUACAUUACAUACCUUUCUACAUUUGAUCAGUUAUUUGAUAUUCCCAAGGAAAGGAAAAAUGCAGAAUAUAAGAAGUAUCUUGAAAUGCUUUUGGAAUACCUCCAGGACUACACAGACAGAGUCAAACCCUUAUUGGAUCAAAAUGAACUGUAUGAAAAAAUCUUGAAUGAAUUUGAAAAGAAGUGGGAGAAUGGCACUUUCCCUGGAUGGCCAAAAGAAACCAGUAGUGCAUUGACACAUGCUGGAGCUCAUUUAGAUCUAUCUGCAUUUUCAUCCUGGGAGGAAUUGGCUUCUUUGGGGUUGGACAGAUUAAAAUCGGCUUUAAUGGCUUUGAAUCUUAAAUGUGGAGGAACGCUUGAAGAGCGGGCUCAGCGUCUGUUCAGCACAAAGGGGAAGUCAAUGGAAUCUCUAGAUCCUUCACUCUUUGCAAAGAAUCCUAAGUCUAAAGGACCAAAGAAAGAUACUGAACGAAAUAAAGAAAUUGGUUUCCUUGAAGCUCAGAUAUAUGAAUAUGUAGAAAUACUUGGGGAGCAAAGACAGCUGACUCAUGAGAAUGUACAGCGUAAGCAGGCUCGCACUGGAGAAGAGCGGGAAGAAGAAGAGGAAGAGCAACCUAGUGAGAGUGAAAGUGAUGAUGAAGAUAAUGAGAUAAUUUACAAUCCAAAGAAUCUUCCACUUGGUUGGGAUGGAAAGCCUAUACCAUACUGGUUGUAUAAACUCCAUGGUUUAAACAUCAACUACAACUGUGAAAUCUGUGGUAACUAUACAUACAGGGGACCAAAAGCAUUUCAGCGUCAUUUUGCAGAGUGGCGUCAUGCCCAUGGUAUGAGAUGUCUUGGCAUUCCUAACACUGCUCACUUUGCUAACGUCACUCAAAUAGAAGAUGCAGUUUCAUUGUGGGCAAAGUUGAAAACUCAGAAGGCUUCUGAGAGAUGGCAACCAGACACAGAGGAGGAAUAUGAAGACUCCAGUGGAAAUGUGGUUAACAAAAAGACAUAUGAAGACUUAAAACGACAAGGACUGCUUUGAGGUGGAGGCCUGGAGGUUGACGAUCACACAGUAACAUACUAGAGGCAUUCAGUGUCCAUCAAUUGUUUUUGGCAGAUUUUAAGCACAGUAUGUCAGCUUUUUCGUAUUUGGAGUUCUCUAUUUGUUUUUAAGAUAAGUAUUUGUUAUAUGUAAUAAACUUUCCAAAACAUUUAUAGAUGGUUUUUCUUCAAAUGUUCAUUGCACCUUACAAGUAUAUAAACUUGUAUUCAAUAAAGAAAAGUUACAUUUUG